UUCUUGUCCAUUAAACGCAAUUCCCCCGCCUCUCCGUUCCUUUCUUUUCUUUUUUUCCCCUUCUCCUUUCCCCCCUUUCUCCCCCUUUCUCCAGCUCCGUGUCAUUUCCUCCUUGCACUCGCUCGCGGCCGGAGCUUCUCCAGCCAGGGGAGUAGGCGGAGCAGGGCGGUGCGGGGUGGCGUAGCGCUGGAGGGCGAUGGUGGCGGAGCUGCUGGGCGCGGAGGCAACGUAGCCCCGCGGAAAAGGAGCCCCGUGGCGCCUGAGCCGGGCAGAGGAUGGAGAACCGGCCUGGGUCCUUCCAGUACGUCCCGGUGCAGCUGCAAGGGGGCGCGCCUUGGGGCUUCACCCUUAAGGGGGGUCUGGAACACUGCGAACCGCUCACGGUGUCAAAGAUUGAAGAUGGGGGCAAGGCAGCCUUGUCCCAGAAGAUGAGGACUGGUGAUGAGCUGGUGAAUAUCAAUGGCACUCCAUUGUAUGGCUCCCGCCAAGAGGCCCUCAUCCUCAUCAAAGGCUCUUUCAGGAUCCUCAAGCUGAUUGUCAGGAGGAGAAACGCCCCUGUCAGUAGGCCACACUCAUGGCAUGUGGCCAAGCUGCUAGAAGGAUGCCCUGAAGUGGCUACCACCAUGCAUGUCCCUUCUGAAGCCUUUAGUUUGUCCUGGCAUUCUGGUUGCAACACAAGUGACGUGUGUGUGCAGUGGUGUCCACUCUCUCGGCACUGCAGCACUGAGAAAAGCAGCUCCAUUGGCAGCAUGGAGAGCCUGGAGCAACCAGGCCAAGCCACCUAUGAGGGUCACCUCUUGCCCAAUGACCAGAACAUGUACCCCAACCAGCGUGACUCAGCCUAUAGCUCCUUCUCGGCCAGCUCAAAUGCCUCUGACUGUGCCCUUUCCCUCAAGCCAGAGGAGCCAGCCUCUGCAGACUGUAUCAUGCAAGGCCCAGGGUCAACUAAAGCCCCUAAUGGCAGGUCUAAUAUGGCUGAGACCUCAGGAUGUAGCCAGCGCACCAACGGUGGCCACCUGACUCUUAGCUCCCAGAUGUUAUCCUGCCCACAGGAGGUCCACCACUCAGGGCCUGCCAAGGCUUACAAGGGUCCACCACAACCUCCAGUAAGGCGAGACAGUCUUCAGGCCUCCAGAUCCCAGCUCCUCAAUAGAGAGAAGCGCAGGGCUUCUGAACCUGUGGAUGCCUUACAACAAGAAAAACAGAGCUUAGAGAAUACACUAUCCCCAAGAAACCCUAACAGGUUUUGCUGCCUCAGCAGGCAAAACCAAGUGAGAAAUGAAGGCCAUCAGAACUGUGAGCUCAGCCAACAUCUUGAAUCCAGCCAACAGGGUUCUGAGCAUCUAUUGAUGGAGGCCUCAGCCAAAGCUAUUGGAUUCCAAAAAUCAUAUGACAAAGCCUCCAGCAUAAAUUCCAGCCCACUCAACAAGGCUUCAGCAGACCUAGCUAAGGCUUCUCCUUUUAGCAGCCCUUGGCACCUCACAGGACCCACAGGCCAUCGUCAUAGUGCUCCUGAACAGCUGCUGGCAUCCCACUUGCAGCAAGUGAACCUUGAUACUAAGGGUCACAAGGGGAUGGAUCUCCCAACUGGGCAGGAUAGACAUGAGUGGACUCUGUCCCCUUUACAUAGCGGCUACACAGGGAAGAAAAGUCCAUGUCCCCCUGUAGGAGGAACCCAGGACCAGCCCAGUAAAGAGAAAAAGACCAGGCCAGUAGAUGAUAGACCUUUGUGUUUGGGACACCAGAGCCCAUGCAGAUCCCCCCAUGGAGAAGCUGAUGGACACCCUCCAGAAAGAGGUUUCCAGGACCCUAACAGAGCAAGCAGAGCAGGCAGUGAACUGGCCAGCCAGCAGCCCUCUGCCUCCGGCUUGCUCGUUCAACAAUCCAGGGACUGUUCUUCAACCACUAAAGUAGUUGACACCACAGAGACAACUGAAGAAGGGGACAAUGAGCCCAAGGACUGUGGCCAGGUGGCUGGUAGGCGAAAUGGAGGGACCCGGGGUCGCUCAAUUCAAAACCGGCGGAAGAGUGAGCGUUUUGCUACCAACCUGCGUAAUGAAAUUCAGAGGAGGAAGGCCCAGCUCCAGAAAAGCAAGAGUCCCUUAUCACAACUAUGUGACAGUAAGGAGCCAGUGGGAGAGACUGAGGAGCCCCUAGAAAGUCCUCUACUUCCUGCCUCUAACUCAUCUCUUCUACCUUCAAAUAAAAAACCACCUAGCCCCAGAGACAAGCUCUUCAACAAGAGCAUGAUGCUUAGGGCUACAUCUUCAGAGUGCCUCAGCCAAGCCCCUGAGAGCCAUGAAUCUAGGACAGGCUUGGAGGGAGAAAUAAGCCCUGGCCAGAGGCCUAGACUGCCCUCUUUGGAUCUAAACACCUGGUGGAACACAUCUGACCCAUCCUCCUCAGACUCUGAGAAAACAAAUGUUCACCAUGGAGUCCGUGGUGGAGGACAUUGGAGGUGGUCUCCAGAGCACAACCUGCAGCCACAUGUGGCACUAGCCAUGGAAAGCCCUUCUAACCCAGGAGAUAACAAGGAAUUGAAGGCUUCUACUGCUCAAGCUGGGAAUGAAGCCAUCCUCUUGCCCUUUGCAGACAGAAGAAAGUUCUUUGAAGAGAGUAGCAAAUCUCUAUCUACAUCCCAUCUGCCAGGUUUAAUCACUCAUAGUAACAAGACUUUUACCCAAAGACCAAAACCUGUAGACCAAAGCUUCCAGCCAAUUAGCUCUAGCUAUAGGGAAUUGAGGAGCCAUCCCAUGGACGAAUCAUAUCAUGCCACAGAUCAAUCAUAUCAUUCUAUGUCACUCCUUCAGUCAGAAACUCCUACUUACUCAGAAUGUUUUGCAAGCAAAGGUCUAGAACAAUCCAUGUGUUGUAAGCCACUGCACUGUGGUGAUUUUGAUUAUCACAGGACCUGCACUUACUCCUGUAGUGUACAGGGAGCUGCAGUACAUGACCCUUGCAUUUAUUGUUCUGGAGAAGUCUGCCCUGCUUUGAGAAAGAGAAAUAUGAUGCCAAACUGCUACAAUUGCCGAUGCCACCACCACCAAUGUAUUCGGUGUUCACCUUGCUAUCACAAUCCCCAGCAUAGUACCCUCGAAGACAGCACCUUGGCACCUGGCAAUGCUUGGAAACCCAGGAAGCUGACAGUGCAGGAAUUUCCUGGGGACAAAUGGAAACCAAUAACAGGAAAAAGGAAGACCAGCCAGUCAGAGAGGGAAAUGGCUCAUUCCAAGGCUGGCUUUUCAUGGGCAACCCCCUUCCAUCCUUGCCUUGAGAACCCAGCACUGGACUUGUCAAGCUACCGAGCAAUCUCUUCUCUUGACCUCCUUGGAGACUUCAGGCACUCCUCAGAAAAAACAGAGGAAACUUCAGUUUGUGAAGAAGGGAGCUCCAUGGCUUCCAUGCCCCACCCACUGCGCAGCCGUGCUUUCUCAGAGAGCCAUAUUUGCUUGGAGCCCCAGAGUUUCCGGGCAUGGGGGCAGCCUAGAAGGGAGCUCUUUACCAAAGUUGAUGAGACUCAGCAAGAUCCUCCGGGAGCCAGGAAGAAGGCCUUUCCUCCUCCUCGCCCUCCUCCUCCCAACUGGGAAAAGUACAGGCUCUUUCGUGCAGCCCAGCAGCAACAACAGCAGUGGAAGCAGCAACAACAGCAGCAAGAGGAAGAGGAGAAGGAAGAAGAGGAAGAGGAAGAGGAGGAAGGAGGAGAAGAGGAGGAACUGCCACCCCAGUAUUUCAGUUCAGAAACCACUGGUCCCUGUGCUCUCAAUCCUGAGGAGGCCCUGGAGCAGCCGCAACCCCUAGGCUUUGGUCACCUGGGAGUCUCAAGGCAGGGUGCACAAAGCCUCCCAGCAGAGCAAAAGUCCUUUGCUCUCCAUUCCAGUGAUUUCCUGCCUCCAGUAAGGGGCCACUUGGGAUCUCAAGCUGAGAAGGCUCAGCCCUCUUGCUAUUAUGGCAUCAGUGGGCUUUGGAGGACAUCAGAGCAGGAGACCACUGGUCCCUCCAACCCAGAAGUCUUGAUGGCAGAAGAACCCAAACCCAAGCCAGCAUGGAGCCGAAGCUACUUCUUUCCUGAGGAGCAGUUCUCUUUCAUGGGCUGGGGCUCUGAGAAGCAGCACCUCAGCCCCACGGGCUUCAGUGAAACCAAGACAAUAGGACAAGAAUUUCAGCACUUCUCACCUCCUCCAGGGGGCCCAGUGAUCCCUACCUCUUACUCAGCUUAUUACAAUAUUUCUGUGGCCAAGGCAGAGCUGUUGAACAAGUUGAAAAACCAACCAGAAAUGGCAGAAAUUGGCCUAGAAGAAGAGGAAGUUGACCAUGAACUAGCUCAAAAAAAGAUACAGCUUAUUGAAAGCAUUGGCAGAAAACUUUCUGUCUUGCAAGAGGCCCAGCGAGGAUUGCUGGAGGACAUCAGUGCCAAUUCUGCCCUUGGGGAAGAGGUGGAGGCCAACCUAAAAGCUGUCUGCAAAUCCAAUGAGUUUGAAAAAUACCAUUUGUUUAUCGGGGACCUUGACAAAGUGGUCAACCUGUUGUUGUCACUCUCUGGACGACUGGCCCGUGUAGAGAAUGCUCUCAACAGCAUGGAUUCAGAGGCCAACCAAGAGAAGUUGUUGCUGAUAGAAAAGAAGCAGCAUCUGACAGGGCAGUUGGCAGAUGCCAAGGAGCUGAAGGAGCACGUGGACCGGCGGGAGAAGUUGGUGUUUGGUAUGAUCUCCCGCUACCUGCCUCAGGACCAGCUCCAAGAUUAUCAGCACUUUGUGAAGAUGAAAUCUGCUCUCAUCAUUGAACAGCGAGAGUUGGAAGAGAAGAUCAAGCUCGGAGAAGAGCAGCUCAAAUGUCUCAGGGAGAGCCUACUCCUGGGGCCCAGCAAUUUCUAAUUCUAGCAGCAGACUGCCCAUGCCAUCCCUGCUCAGCCACAAUGGGAGGUGCUUUCAAUCUUUGUUGGCAGUUUGUUAGCAAGUAAAUAGCAGUUAGUUAGCAGUUCGUUCCAUAUUCUCUACCCUGGAUGUCUCUCACUGCCCGUUAUAUAGCACUACUCCCAACCAACUAGGAGAAUCCAGGGAGGCCCCGAGCUUCUACCCUAGGGAGUAGAAGCAAGAAGGAGAAGCUGUAGCAGGGCAUGAUCAUACAACCACACUCUCCUUUCCACAGUUUGUACAGCAAGCACUCACCAUACACAGAACCAACAGAGCAGUUCCUUCAUUCUUCUUUGUACUAAAACACCAAAGACAUCAUACACUCGCCAUCCACCCACACCAUAAUCAGCCUCUCAAGGCUCAGAGAGAAGCUGCCCAUGGAGUUUCACUCUUCCCAGAGGCUUAUUGCCUAGCCAUUUCCCAGAGAGAUCUGGUUGUCUUGAGGGUAUUUGCCUAUUGAAUUUCGGAACCUCACUCAAGUUUUGUAGUGGGAAGCAGAGAAGGAGGAAUUAUACUUAACAGAAUGUGAGCAAAGGUUGGGGAUCCCCAGAUGCCCCACUGGAAGGAGCUAGGUUUAAGCAAAUUGGCUGCAUCCUAAUCUUCCCCAGCAUCUACAUGAGAGGGAAGAGGCCCACUCUCAGCCCUGACUAGUAUGGCCCUCCUCCUGUCCUAAGACUGUGGGCCUACCACUUCCUGUUUAAUCUUGCCUUUUCAUUGCCAGAGGUUACAGGUGCCUACUCUAAGGGCUUCACGCUAUGGGCCAUGAAUAGCUCUACUAAAGCUGACUUCCGCAUACAUGUUCCAUUAUUGGGGGGAAGGGAUUCUUAUUGUUAUAUUUUAAAUGGCCUUUUGAUUUUAUUUAUUUUCAUGUUUUAUUGUUUUUUUUUUCUUCUUUUUUAACUAAUAAGGCAAGAAGAGGGGAGCUGGAGAGGAAAAAUCCCAGAAGGAAAGCAUUUUCUGCAGAUUAGCUUGAAUUUACCAUGCUUAAGCAAGCAGGUUCCAAGGCCUUGAAUUCUUCCCACCAUAGCUAACAAGUGUCUUAGAAAGAAUUUCUCACCUUGAAGUGUGGCCUGGCUCUAUAUUUUUCUUAAAGUCUAGAUGACCAUGAGAUUAGCGUUCCCCAACACGGUUCAAUUUUUUCUUACUUAUUUUUCUUGAAACCUAAGAAAUCUGAAACUGACAAAGGUUCACCUAUUUCUCUAGUCCCCAAGGUAAGGAAAGGGGAGAGGUGAGCUCAGGAGGAUCUCAUCUAUCUAAUUGCUUUCUCAGCCUGUAGCCUGGCUCAGGGAACUGAAAUUCACAGGGCCAGGGCUGGCCCCCAAAGCAAAUUAUAAUUCAGCCAGAAUCCGAGGCACACAAACAACUAAUGCUGCUGCUGUUGCCAAGGCCCUGACACUGGUAGCCAGUUUCUAUCCUGGAAAAGCCCUCAGGUGGGCGAAUGCAGGAAGGGAGUUGUGGCCUUGUUAUUCACCUCAAUUACCUAUUCCUUGCUAACUGGGGCCCAUGCUCGGUACUGAACAGCCCUACCCAGCAAGCCCUGGUAUCUGUUCUAGUUACAGCUGUAUUCUUCAUGGUCCAUAGAGGUUAACUGUAGCAACAGGGGUGCCUCAUUCAACCAAAGAAUUUGCCAAGGAACUUUGCUGCUGCUACAAAUACUUGGUCCUAACUUCCAUUUCCUCUUCAUUGUAUUUGGAAACAAUGAAAUAAUCUUAGCCAGCAGGGUGUCCUGAGGGGGGCCCUUGGUAUGCUCUUAGUAUACUGCUGCUGUCAGAACCACUGUAAAAAUGUCAACCUGCCAUUUCCCCUCAAGGAGAGGAUUCUACUUUAUUCAGGAAGGCUGAUGGCUUAUAAAGGUCUAGGCUUACAGAAAACAAGAUUGAGGAAGGUUAAGGAAUGCUUUGAAUGUAGGCUGUGUUUGCCAUCUUUUUUUUAAAAAAAACAGGCUCUAAGACAAACAAUAAGCAAGUUCAGAUGUCCUGUAUUGAGGGGAUGAGGCCAAUGUAGUCCAACAUUCUAAGAUUUUUUUCUGGCUAAAACAACGUUUUGGAAAAUAGAUGCCCAGGAAAAAAGAGUGGUCCCUCACAGGCACCAUGGUCAUAGUCCGAGUUUUUCUAGUCAGUGGUAGAUUGGUUGUACCUUAAGUUUAUCACACUAAAAAUACUAUUGACUGCUAUUUUUGUCCUUCAUCUCACCUCAAAUUAUUCUAGAGCUAAAAUCAGAACACAAGAUGCUCAUUUUUAUACAGAGGGACAGUUUUCAAAGAACUUAAUAAAAUAGCCCCAAAAUUAUAUUGAGCAGUGAAGCUUGGCAGACAAAGGUGAACUACUAAACAGGUACUGAUGCCCAGCACUGCUGACAUGGCAAUCCCAUUGUGAGUGACAGUACUGCAAAGCUGUCAGUAUUACUUGAGGUGCAGUGUCUCUCCCCUGUUCUCAUUUCCUGGGCUCUGCCCUCCGUGAAAGCCUGCCCGGGGGUAGCAGUUUGGAAGGCAGGCAGGCCAAGGGAUUUCUACAAAGACAAGUAUUGGUUUCAACUUCUGCCUUCUUCCUUCAAAUACUCAUAUAGGCCCCAGUGGGUAAUAGGUAAGCACAGUGGUUGAUAUAUAGAAAGGAAUCAGUGUAAGAAUUACUAUCACAUAUCCUUCCUAACUCCCUGCUCCCAGGACCCUGUGUAAUUGGGUCUCCUUGAGUCCUAUCACCUUCAGACUCAGCCAGAGUAUAGCAGUAAAUGCACAAGGGGAACCUAGAGAAAGAGACAGAGACACUGAAAAUAAAGCCCUAGCAUGGGAGACACUGGAAGCAAAAGAGUAGAGAGGGUGAAAGAUAAAAAGUCUCUUUCAAGGCCAGGUUCAGUUUCUGUUUUCCAUUUAACCUCAUGUGCUAAAAAGCUGUCCAGAGGCAUUAGAUCUGCAGCCAUAACCCCAGCCUCCCAGAAGGUGCUACUCUGCCAGUAGCAGGUUUCAGAUGAAGGAAACUGCGUACAUUUUGGCCACUUCUUCCCAUCUGGAGCUUGGUGAUUCCCUCUGUCUUUGCCAAAGGAGUUAUCUAUGCCAAUAAUAUUUCCAUAACAGCAUAUUAUAUUCUUUGAAACUUAGUAGAUCUUUAGAGGGGGAUGGGGCAGGGGGCAAUUUCUAUAGAUAAAGAACCAGUGUUGUACAACUGUUGGGGAUCAUCUAUCCCAUGUGAAGCUAUUAUUUUUCUGAAUCUUAUUGUUUUUUCAUUUGUGUCCUCCACCGCUCCCUUCUUGGCUGACAUUCGAUAUGCCCGCCUGAUUGUCAUCAAGGGUCAUAUUUCAAUAAAAGGUGCUAAGGACAAAAAAUAUUAUCUCACGUGUUUUGACUGAGGUGAUGGAAAUCCCCUAAUAUUCUGCUGAAAAUUAUUGGAAGGUAAUUCGCUCACCUAGCUAUAGUUCUUCACAGGUAACCAUGUGGCUAGAACCUUACCCAUAUCCUUAAACCCUUAACCUGGCCCCUGAGAGAUAGCACAGAUACUAUACCAUUUAUUAUCCCCAGUAAAAUAACUUAGAAUUCAGGAAUAGUCAACAAUAGUUGUAAUCCCAAAUGUAGACCUCAGCAGUAUACAGUCCAGCUCUGGAUUCUAUCCUGAUCAGAGGUGAGCCACUUUCUAGACUUCCUCCAAUCAUGAGUUUUAUCUACUAUUAUUAUCUUCUACUUGACAUUCCGGUCUCACACCUUCACUUUUAGCAACCUAGAAAGCAAGGUCCUCGCUGAUCAGCUCUCCAAAAUAACCUCGAGGUUUAGACCCAAAUGCAUUCCAGGUAGCAUCUCUGACCCUGAAAAGCUUACU